AUUAGAAACAUUUACCGUUUAAGAAGAAAUUAAAUUAAAUUAAAUUAAAUUAAAAGAAAUUACUAUUUUAUCAUGGCUUCAAUUUCAGAGAUCGUUGCACGUGGUAACCAAGCAAUUGCUAUUAACCCACCUUCAUCUUCCGUCGAUAUUCACCUUACCAGUCAUGGUUCUGAUUGGCUUUGGGCUGCCUUUUCUGUUUUCGCAACUUUGGCCUUAGUCCAUACUGGUUUAUUUGCAGCCACACCAUCUUCUACUAAGUCACUCAAGAAGUUUUUUACUUUAGUGCCACUUUUCACCAACGCUAUUUUUGCUUACACCUACUUUACCUACGCUUCUAAUUUAGGUUGGACUUCUACUCCGGUUGAAUUUCAUCAUGUGUCAACAUCUGAAGGCUUAGAUGUAAGACAAAUAUUUUACGUUAAGUUUAUUGGUUGGUUCUUGGGUUGGCCAUUUGUGUUAUUGGCUACUGAGGUAGCUACACAUUCUAUUGAAGUCAAGUAUGACACGUCAAGUGAAUUAAUAACUAAGUUGUUUAACAUCUUUUCAAGCUUGGUUGCUAAGGUAUUGACUAUUGAAGUCUUUGUUUUAGGUUUAUUAAUUGGUGCUUUGAUUCAUUCAAGUUACAAAUGGGGUUACUUCACCUUUGCUGUAUCUGCAGAAUUGUUCGCUAUAUCCUUGAUUGUUAACUCCAUUGUUAGAUCCUUGAAGACCCUGGAAACCAAAAAGGCUGGUAUCGCUAUUGUUGUAUUUCAACUCGUUAUUAUGGUAUUAUAUCCUAUCUGUUGGGGUUUGAGUGAAGGUGGAAACAAGAUUCAACCUGACUCUGAGGCUGCCUUCUAUGGUAUUUUGGAUGUUAUUAACUUCGGUAUUUUACCAAGUGCUUUAACUUUUAUUAAUACAAUAGGGAUGGAUGAAGGCUUCUUGAACAAAUUGUUGCAUUUGAGAAGCAAUGAAAAGGUGGUUGAGACACCAAGACAAAGUGGAGAAACUGGUGAAACUGCAGUUUAGUUGAAUUACUCUAUUUCUGCUUGACAUUUUGUUUUUGAGUUUGAGGAGUCCGCUCUUUUCAUUGUUGGUUCAGCCCGCUUAAUUCCUCUCAUUUUACUUCACUUUACUUUAAUUACUUUGGAAUAGUAUCUAUCAAUUAAUAGGCUAUAAUUUGGACUCAAUAUAAUACUUCAAAAAAUAAAUAUAUUGUCGUACAUUAAUUUAGAAAUUAAUGAGCUUCAUGGUCGCAAAACCUAUGGUGAUAACCACAAAGUACGUGAUUAUUGAACUUGGUAUACCUCUUGUAAUAAAUGUGCCGACUGUCAAGUAUGGAUUACCAAACUCAUCGGUCAUACAAAUGGCAGUGACAUUAGGAAAACCAGAAGUUGGUAAUCCCAUUGCGCUCGAGCAUAAUAAAGCAGUGAUCAUGAUCAAAAGUCUUGGGUGUGGGUCAGGCAAGUUUGCACCUAUUUCAGACACCAAUGGAACAGUGAUCAACGCUGCAACUGUGUGACUAACAAACGUAGCCAUUAUCAAAAUCAAUAGACCAAAAGUAAUAGCAAUUCCAAACAAAGAGAAGUCUUCAACUUCAUGUUGAAUACCGAUAGCAAUUGUUUUCAAUAAUCCCGAAGAUGAAACAGCUUUUCCCAAAGCGGUCCCUCCCAUGGCUAAAAUGACAAUGUUCCACGGAUAGUUAUUAAAAUCUUCCGUGGUCAAUAAUCCUGGGCCGAAGAACAAAACGAUUGGGAGUAAUGAGAUUAUUCCCAUUUCUCCAAAUAUUCCUUGUAAUUUAGAUGCAACACACCAUAAUACAAUGGUUGACACAGAAACUGAGAUGAUAUACCACUGAAUUAAUGUGAACUUUUCAUCAAUGGUUCUAAUGGAAACUAACUUGGUGUUUUUAGAAGUGCAUUUGAAAGUAAUUAACAAGAACACCCAAACCAAGACCAAAGCUACCACACAAACUGGAAGCGCGAUCACAAACCACUGUCCCCAGCUUGGUUGAGGAUCCAUAGCCUCAAUAGCAAUUAUAUUUUGCGGAGAUGCAAUAGGAGAAGCCAUGCCUCCAAUGUUUGAAGCUAGUGCAAUACCCAAGAUCAAGGCAUUCUUGAACGUAGAGUCCUUUGGUAAAGUUCUCAAUAGUGGCUGAAUUAAAGAGAAGCACAAAACGGGAGCAGCAACAUUUGACACCCACAUGGACGUGAAUAGCGCUAUUCCCAUGAUGGUGAUCAAAACAACAGAUGGAUUGGUCCCAGCUCUGGAUAAUAUCUCAGUUGAGAUUGACUUUGCUAUUUGAUACUUUGACAAAGCAGCAGCUAAAGUAAACCCGCCUAAUAAUAAAAGGAUGACUGAGUUCCACAUAGUUCCUAAAAUGUACUUGGAGGAAUCAACAGCAUUCAUGGCCGUUCCGUCAUCAUUCUUCAAUACCUCGAAUAUUAUAAUUAACAAGGGAAUCAACAAUGACGUGACAAACAAUGGGAUUGUCUCGGUUGCCCAUAACAAGGAUGCACAUACCAUGAGAGCGAAACACUUCUCUUGCUGUGGAUCCUCAAAUAUCAGAACGUUCAAUAAGAUCAAAGUCACAACUGUGAUCAAAAUUGAACGUAUCACAAUAGGAUUUUUGAGUGAUAGAUUAAAAGUAUCGAUGACGGUUUUAUCUGCCUUCGAGUUCUUUUCUGUACCAGU